AUUUAAUAUUUUCAGACCACAGUUGACCUUGGGCAACAAAGGUGGAGAAGUGAAACUGCCAAUCAGGAGAGGCUACUGUAAUUCCGUCACAGAGGAUGGAAACUCCUGACCAAAGAGGAUAUGAGAUGUGGACUAGGUUCUGCCUACAUGGAAAUGGGGAUUAAUUCACUCACUCAGAUUGCAGCUGGAAACCUCAGAAGUUCUCCCUCCUUUGCCUCUGUAACUUCACUUUAUUCAUUGGAAACAAGGUCUGUGGGCUCUGGCACCACCUAAGCCCCCUGGGCAUCUGGUCAUUGCUGACACCUCUCCUUUGGAGCCACCUUGUCCCUGGCUAGACACAGUCGCAUUUUCCAGUGCAGUUUUGGAAAGAUGCUGCCUUUGGAGAAGGCGUUUGCUUCCCCUCGGAGCUCCCCAACCCCACCGGAUCUGCCCACACCAGGGUUAGCAGCUGGAGUCCAGCAGGAGGAACCUGAGACCAUCCCUGAGAGGACCCCUGCUGACCUGGAGUUCUCCCGCCUGCGCUUCCGGGAAUUUGUCUACCAGGAGGCUGCCGGGCCCCACCAGACCCUGGCCCGCCUGCAUGAGCUGUGCCGCCAGUGGCUGAUGCCUGAGGCACGCUCCAAGGAGCAGAUGCUGGAGCUGCUGGUGCUGGAGCAGUUCCUGGGCAUCCUGCCUGAUAAGGUCCGGCCCUGGGUAGUGGCACAGUACCCUGAGAGCUGCAAGAAGGCAGCCUCCCUGGUAGAGGGCCUGGCUGACGUUCUGGAUGAGCCAGGGAUGCUGCUGGGCUCCCCUGCGGGCUCAUCCUCAAUUUUUAGCGAUGGAGUGUAUGAGAGGCACAUGGACCCCCUGCUGCUACCAGGCGAGCUCGCAAGCCCCAGCCAGGAGCCUGGAGCUGGGGAGAUCCCACCACCUUCUGAGACACCCUGGCUUUCUCCGGACCCCCUGUUUCUGGAACAGAGGAGGGUUGGGGAAGCAAGGACUGAAGAGGCCAGCCUUGCCAAUGCCGAGCAGAAGCUGAAGUCCUUUCCAGAGGAUCCUCAGAACCUGGGGGAGUGGGGCCACCUGGACCCUGCUGAGGAGAACCUGAAGAGCUACCGGAAGCUGCUCCUGUGGGGGUAUCAGCUUUCCCAGCCUGACGCUGCCUCCAGACUGGACACUGAGGAGCUCCGGUUGGUGGAAAGAGAUCCACAAGGAAGCCGCCUCCCAGAAGGCGGGAGGCGUCAGGAGAGUGCUGGGUGCCCCUGCAAGGAGGCUGCCCCUACACAGGAGCUGCCUACGGAGGCGCCCCCAGGGGAUGCCCUUGCGGAGCCCCUGUCCGGCACUGCUGAGGAAGAGGAAGAGCAGCCUGGGAAGGCCCCAGAUCCUCAGGACCCCCAGGACCCUCAGGACCCUCAGGACCCCCAGGACCUCCAGGACCCCCAGGAUGCAGAGUCUGGCUCUGCCUCCGGAGCGCAGAGGCAGUCUGUCAUCCGGCAGCCAGCCCUGGACAAGGGUGCGGCAAGGCUGGGAACCAAGAGGCCACACCCCGAGGAUGGGGAUGGGCAGGGCCUUGAGGGUGUCUCCAGCGCCAGCCACAGCGCGGAGCUCAUGGCAGGGCAGGGCCCAGGGGCUGAUGAGCCGAGCUUGUCCCGAGGGAAGCCCUAUGCCUGCGGCGAGUGUGGGGAGGCCUUUGCGUGGCUCUCGCACCUCAUGGAGCAUCACAGCAACCACAGCGGUCGGAAGCGCUACGCCUGUCAGGGCUGCUGGAAGACCUUCCACUUCAGCCUGGCGUUGGCUGAGCACCAGAAGACCCACGAGAAGGAGAAAGGCUACGUGCUGGGUGGCAUCCUGGGCCCCUACCCGCCCACCCGUGAAGCCCAGGUGGGGGCAAGGGUGGGCGGGCCCCCAGAGAGCAGGGAGGAUGAGGCUCUCUCCGCACCCCCAGAGGCGCAGAGGUGAGCCACUGUGCUGUCCCAGAGGGACCACCCUGCCGGCCGAGAAUCCCAAGAGUCAUCAGGCCCUUCCACGCCCCUGGGUGGCGGCUUCCUGUGGUGUCUGUGGAUGUCAUCUGCCUGUGCCCUGAAUCAGCUCCUGAGGCUAAGCGCUCCCAAAGAGAAGGAUCCAUGGGAAGCCCUCACCUCUUUGUAAACACACCCUGGGCCAGUGCUUACAUCCGCGGGGAGCCGCCGGAUGUGGAAGAAGACUCCCGCUUUCCUGCAGCCGUUUAGUGCCGCCCCAUGCUAGGUUAUUUGACAUUGUGCAGUGUAGAGUUGCCUUAAAGUGCGUGAUCUGCCAGUGCUUUUUUGAAGUCACCCUUGCCCUGAUUCCUCCCGUUUGCGCUCCCCAGGGUUGCUCAAGUGGAAAUUUUGUCAUCUGUUUAGCCUUUUCCCUGCGUGAUGUCAAGUUCACUUCUAAUCUGCAAAAGCAGAAGCUGUUUCCUAGUUUACCUCAUGUGUCUUUACCUGUAUGGAGUAGCUCUCAGAGAUUACAGAAAUGCUUGCAUCCUAAUGCAGGGUUUUCAGACCGUGGGUCCCAGCCCAUUAGUAAAUUGUGAAAUCAAUUAUCAGGUGGCCACCAGCAUUACACAGCAAUGAAGCAGAAUAAAAUAGUCUAGAAUGCAUCAUGUAGUAAAGGCAAAUACUGUUUUGUGAAACUUUUCAGCCAUACAUCUAAAUAAGAGAACUGGUUGCAAUGUAAGACGUAUUUCUUGCUGGGAAGUUGUAAUCAAAAUGGUUGAAAACACCAAUAAAGAUCUGUCUGUCUGAGCAAAGGAGACUAAACUCUUUGGGCUACAUAA